AUGCGUUUCUUCUCUGCCGCCAGUCUCACUGCGCUCGCCGCAUCAACCGCAGCGCACUCCUUCGACUCCGCCAAAUCCGAUCUCGACGGCUCAGUCUGGCAGUCUCUCACCCCCGUCAAAGCCCGAUCAUGGGACAACGUCCCCCGUAACCGUCCUACCAAGCGUCAGUCAGGAUGGAACCCGCCCUCCAACCUCGCCGGUGCUCUCAAGGAGGUCUGGGAUCACGAGGUGUCCACCUACAGCGAUGCCCUGGGUUUCAAGAACUACGGCUGGGACCAAGUCAUUGCUGGUAAAGGCCAGCUCAACGUCUGUGUCCGAUGGGAGUCUAGUGCUUCUGUUACAGCUGAGCAGCGCACAAAGGUCGCUGCUGCUCUUCAGGACUCGUACACCAGCUGGAUGAAGUGGGUUUCUGGCUAUGAUAACUUUCCUUAUGAGGAAGUUAAGAUCAACGUUGUUGGCUGGGCCGUCAAGAACAAGAGUCUCCUUCAGGGUUCUACUGCAGGUCUCGACAUCUACACCGAUACCGAUGCCGAGGGCAUUCCUCAGUGCUCCGAGAAGUGCGGUCGCUUCUUCCACCAGAACGGUGACUACAGCAGCUGCCCCGGAGGCGCCGAGCGACACUACGACAACUCGCUGUGGCUCACCGAUGGCAUGCAGGGUGGUGCAGGAGGCGAUUGGGGCCAGCGUAUUGGCCGAGAGUACUUCAUGCAGCUUCUCGGCACCAAGAACAUCCACAUUCUUCAGCACGAGAUUGGCCAUACUUUUGCUCUCGAUGACUUCUACGACUGGACACCUACCGGCCAGCAGAACUUCAUCAUGCUUGCUGGUUCAGCGACUCAGGUGACCGACUUUGAUGGAUGGAUGCUUCGAAACUGGUGGUAUGAGCUUUCUCGUCAACGCGGCUGGCAGACUGGUGUUUCUAGCUCUGGCUCCAAGGCCUCUGCUGCCCCUGUCACUACCAAGCCUGCUGCUGCUACCAAGACCACUGCCGCUGCUGUGAAGCCUGCUGCCACCAAGACCUCCACCACUGCCGUGAAGCCUGCUGCUACUAAGACUACCGCUGUUGCUUCCAAGGAGACUGCUGUCAAGGCUGAGUCUGGAGCUACCGCUGCGGCCUAUGGUCAAUGUGGUGGUGCUGGCUACACUGGUCCCACGAAGUGCCCGUCUGGCCUGAAGUGUACCAAGCACAACGAUUGGUACUCUCAGUGUGUUUAG